GAGGAACAGAGGAGCCGAAGAGCAUCAUUACACAGAGCUGGUCUGAACGUGGAAGGAUUGUGGAUAAGGACGCCGUUCUGUUAAUUGGAAGCCUCAGCUCUAAUUCAAGGUAGUUGUGUAUUCUAUCAGAGAAGUUCUGUUUCGAUUUUGAGAUUCCUUUUCUUUGAAAUAUAGAGUCUAAUUUUAUCUGAAAUGCGCACGAUGUGCUCUAAUCUGAGUAAGGGCCAAGCAUUUCCCCUGGUUAUUAGGUUUUCUUCACAAACCAAAUGCAUCAAACAAUUGUAUACCUCAAAGUCUCAAUCUUUAUCAGUUGGGUCUUAUCCAAUAGCUUCCCCAAACCCGGUAUUGAUGCGUUCAUUGACUCACCCACAUGGGUUUGGUCACAAAAAUGCUCAUAAAGUUCCCCACUUUGUGAGACCCUUAAAAUCUUUGGCUGGAUUUUGUUGUGAUUCUAUGGAAUUGGGUAGUGUGGCAAAAACCAGAAGUAUUUCAUGUGGGUUUCGGAUGAGAAGUUCUGUGCAAUUUUGCCAAUUGGUGAGAGGUAGAGGUCUUUCAAGUUCGUAUGCGAAAAGAGCUGGUGAAAAGAGUAGUUUAAAUGGUACAGGAAAGAGGUUUCCUUGGUUAGCUUCGUCUAAGGGUAAUGAAGCAACUGCAAAGACUAGUCAGUCUAGUUGGGAAGAAUCUGUUGACAGGUUGGACAAAGAGGGCAAUCUUUCUUCUUGGCAAGAACAGGCAAAGAAGUUUGAGAAGGGAACAGUUGCAAAAACUGGAAGUUCUUCCAGGGAUGAUUUGGAUGAGGCUCUUUUGUGGAGAAAUGAUACAUUCUCACCAAAGAAUGGAGAAAACAGAAAUAGAAUGGUGGGUGGGGUGAAGCAUCAAGAAGAUGGCGCUUAUGCUAGAAGGUAUAGAAGUGUUGAAGAAGAAGAAGUAGGUGGAGAAGAAGAGGAUUUUGUUGAUGAUCCAAGAUGGUACAAAAUUAAGAAUAGAUUUACAGGAAUGGUGGAUGCUAAAAGUGGUCCUGAGAAACCAGAGUUUCAAAGGUGGAACAAGCAGGAUAAUUGGGGUAGAAAAACUUGGAAAGAGGCUACUGAAUCAACACUGCCUAAGAUAGUUGGUGAAGGGGUUUAUGGAGUGGGUCCUGUUUUGGCUGCACUGUCUGCAGGACGUAGAGAAUUUUAUGCUUUGUAUGUUCAAGAAGGUUUAGAUCUGAGCAGUAAUAAUAGGAAGAAGAAGGACAAGAAAGGGUUUGAGAAAGUAUUGAACAUGGCAGAAAAAAUUGGGUUAAGCAUAAAGGAAGCUUCAAAACAUGAUCUCAAUAUGGUUGUUGAUAACCGUCCCCAUCAGGGCCUUGUGCUAGAUGCUUCUCCACUAGAGAUGGUGAAAAUAAAGGAACUAGACCCUGUUUCAAAUGAGGAAGAGAAAGGUUCUGUUUGGGUAGCUUUAGAUGAGGUUACAGACCCUCAAAAUUUGGGAGCUAUUAUUAGGUCUGCUUAUUUUUUUGGGGCUUCUGGUGUGGUGCUAUGUGCAAAAAAUUCAGCCCCAUUAAGUGGAGUUGUGAGCAAGGCAAGUGCUGGCUCACUUGAACUGAUGGAGCUUAGAUAUUGCAAGAAUAUGAUGCAGUUCUUAGUUUCAUCUGCUGAAAAUGGUUGGCGUGUCUUAGGAGGUUCUGUUGCUUCAAGAGCUGUUCCUUUGAAUGAAAUUUUGCCAGGUGCACCCACCAUACUUGUUUUGGGCAGUGAGGGGACUGGCUUGAGGCCUUUAGUGGAGAGGUCAUGUACUCAAUUAGUCAGGAUUCCUGGAAAUAUCCCUCUGGACAUAGCUCCCAGAGAUUCUGAACAUAUGAAAGCUAAUGAAGUAAAUUCAGGGAGCUCUGUUGAGGAGUUCCGAUCCUUCUUGGCUGUCGAGAGUUUGAAUGUCAGUGUUGCAGCAGGUGUGCUUCUUCACCAUUUAACUGCAAGUAGUCAAAGUAGUAAUCCUGAGGUAGAUGUCAAGGCAACAGAUGCACUUCAAUGACAUUUCAUUGGUGCUGUACUAGGCUUGCUGUCUUUGUUUAUUGAUAUCCAUUGCAGAAAUUUUACAAGUGCUCCUAGGACUUUCUCUAGAAAAACCUUUUAUGUUUAUUCUUUUUAUCAGAAGCAUAUUUUCUAAGGGAUUUUAUUUUUGUGAUGAGCAGAAUGUCUCACAUGAAUCACGUGAAUGAGAUACAGCCCUGGCAUGAAUGCCCU